UGUACAGUGUGCAUGUGCCACGUGUUUCAGUGCGCAAUGCUGUCGCCUGCCUUCAAGGUGAGGGAGUUUUCUGUGACAGACUUACAGCCGUAUCCCAUCACCUUGAUGUGGAAGGAUCCCAACGCAGAUGACGGGGAACUGGAGGUGUUCACUGAGUUCCACGCAGUGCCGUUCUCGAAGAUGCUGACCUUCUACAGGAAGGAACCUUUCGACAUCGACAGCAGAUACUCGUACCCGAACAACAUUCCUUACGACAAUCCGCGGAUAGGACGGUUUUCGAUAAAGAACAUCACGCCGACACCUGAGGGCGAGAGUUCGAAGGUCAAGGUCAAGGUGCGCAUCAACCUGCACGGCAUCUUCACCGUCUCGUCCGCGUCGAUGUUGGAGAAGGUCGACAAGAAGACGGAGGCGGACAAGGCGGAGGAGCCGAUGGACUUGGAGGGAUCCGAGGCGCAGCCGCCGCAGGAGGAGGAGUCCCCGACGCAGGAGAACGGUCCCAAUGAGGAGCCGGCUGCUGCAGCGGCGGCGGCGGCGGCGGCGGGGGCCACGCCCGAGGCCAUGGAGCAGGAGACCCCUUCUUCACAAAAUGCCAAGGCGGAGAAGAACGAGACGGAGAAAACAGAAGAAGUGCCGGCCGAAGGGAAACCGCGACAAAGAAGCGCAGCCGAUGCGGAAAACGCGCUUAAAAACGAGAACCGCGACUCUCAGAGCAUGCGCGAAACCACAUCCGAUUCUUCAUCCUUAAAGCUUUUCUCCACAACUAUAUUUCUUUAG